AUGGCUACCCCCAGUGUCCUUAUCUUUGAUACUGAGGGUCGUGCUGUUGACUUUGAGGUCUGGGUCGAUGACCUCCAACUGUUCUUACAGUGCGAUAGGGCGGACGGACUCUCACUGUUCGAUCUCACCUCUGGUGUCUCUCCUGCCCCGCCUGCCACUGGUGACAGCACUGUUCGCUCACAGUGGGCCACGCGCGAUGCUGCUGCACGCCUUGCUGUGCGUCGCCACUUACCGACCACUGAGCUCGCUGACCUCAUUACGCACCUUCGCACUAGUGACACUCGCUACCGCGCUGCGCUUCCCGCUGAGUUCUGCGCCAAGAACCCCCCCCCCAUGUACAUCGCCCUCUACUACAUAGUCACCCGGCUCCCUGACUCCCUUCGCUUAGUCAGGGACCACUUCCUCUCAGUUUUCCCCACCACACUCACCGUUGAACUCCUCAAGGAGCACCUCCUAGCAGCAGAGAAGAGCAUAGUCGCUGUAGGAGCCUCUCGUGGUGACCCUCGCACCCCCGUCUUUGAGGGGUGUUCUCCCUCCCCCCUCUUGCCCUCUGUUGCUUCUGCUACUGCGGCCGACCUCGUUGGUUUCGAGCCGGACGGCACUGCGUCUGCCCCUAGCGGGAAGCGCCGCACAGGCAAGGGCAAAGGGCGCAAGGGCGCUGGGGGGGACAGUGGGGGCGAUGGAGGUGGUGGUGGAGGCAGUGGAGGAGGUGGGGGUGGUGGUGGGAGUGGUGGCGGGGCCGGAGGUGUCGGUGGCAGCAGUGGAGGCGGAGGAGGCAGCGGCGAUGGCGGAGGGAGCGGAGGCGGCGGAGGCGGCGGAGGCGGCGGAGGUGGCGGUGGAGCUGGUCGCGGCUCUGCGCAGAGGAGUGGCUCCGAUGCUAUCUUUGAUCUUGACUUUGAUGCUAUUCUUGCUGCCAUGUAUGCUGUGUCUACUAGUGAUGAGGGUGACUGUUACCUGUGUGUUCCGCUUGACCCGGGCAUUGAAGCUGCUGCUCUAGGUGCGGGUGAGGCUGCUGCUCUAGGUGCUAGAGCGUCUGCUGCCCCAGGUGCUGGUGAGUCUGCUCUCUCAAGUACCACGUCGGCUCAGGCCUUGCACACCUUCACCCUUGACUCGGGUGCUUCCCGCCCCUUCUUUCGUGACCGCACCACGCUUACGCCGCUUAGUCGGCCGGUUGCGGUCUCCCUGGCGGACCCCUCUGGGGGUCCUGUCCUUGCUAGCUUCUUCACUGUCUUACCGUGUCCGGCAGCCCCCUCUGGCACCCUGACAGGUCUCUACCUCCCCUCGUUCUCUACGAACUUGCCGGGGUCGAGCCUCUACACACUGACCACUGAGUCUCCUCCUGUUGCUAAGUCUCGCCAGGUAGCUGUGUCGGGCCAGGUGUUUGCUGCAGCGUCCAAGUCUGGUCCUGAGUAG